AAGAUGGCCGCAGACCUCUCGGCGCUGCUGAACGCGUCCAAGGCGUUGACAUCCCACCUCUCACGUCCUGACUUGCCCUCUGUGAAUCUUUCAUUGGACCAAAUUGAGGCCCAAUCACGACGACUUGUUUCAAGGCAGCCAGGGACAUCCGCAGACACAAGCCGCGCGAACUACCUACUCGCGCAAGCACAUGUCGAUGCAUCUGCACUGUCGAACUCGAUUGCGCACCUCAACACCCAGAGUACUUUCUCUCCGCUCCAAGCCCUCCAGGAUACCGACGUAGCGGGCUACCUCCGCCAUGCACACGAACAGAAUUUGAUCUCCACCAUCGAGGAGGGCAGGAGAGAGACGCAGGAGGAGUUCUACCGCGUACUUGAGGAUAGAAGCAGACGCGAUUGGGAGGCACGUAAGAAACGCGUGUUCGAGCAGCUUGGUGCGCGAGUAGGCGGGGAGAAUAGGGCAGUUGCGGAGCUUAAGAAGAGCACACACGGGAAGAGUUUGCUGUCGACAAGCGUCGGCCCCAGUCCUAAUCUGCAGAUGCAGAGCAAGAUGAUGGCAUAUGACCGCGUCGUCGCUGAACUGAACACCGCCAGGCUGCGUGGGACGUCCUUCCCCGUCGUCCACGCCUUUGUUCGGGCAGCCUCCUCUGUAAGCUCCGACCCACAAACUCUUCAAACCGCCCAAAAUUUCCACAUUCUCUCAAAAAUCACAGGAGAGCCACCCUCGCUGCCUCCAGUCUCACACGCGGGGGCGCACAUACUCAACGCGCCCCUCAUGGAGCGCAAGUUCGCGCGGGCGCAUCUUGGUGACCCAGAGUCCCGCGACGCCAUCGAGCUCCGGAGGCAGAUCGCCAAAGGCGCACGCGAGGCGCUCGAAGAGCAGUACAUGGACGUCCUUGAGCGCACGCUCCAGGCGCGCGCAACAGAAGCACGUCUGGGGGGAGACCCGAGCGUCGCGAAUAAGAUCCGUGCAUACGUCCUUGUGCGGCACUACCGUGGAGGCCAGUGGGACGACCGGAUCGAUAUCGUAGCCGGGCAGCCGCUGUGGGCGAAGCUGUUCUAUUUGGUGAGGACGGGAAAUGCGGAGGCUGCGCUGGAAGAAGCGACAAAGUUCCAGAGCGCGAUCGAGCAUCGCGAGUCGAACUUCUUGAGCCACUUCCGUGCGUGGGUGGAGUCCCCGGACAGGCGGCUGCCCAAACCGCACCGCGACCAGCUGCACGCGGCGUACAACGCGCACAUGCUGCAUUCGUCCUCUGCGGACCCGUUCAAGCUCGCGCUCUAUAAGCUCAUGGGCAAGAUCGAUCCUGCACGCCGGAGCGUGCCGCAGGUGACAGUUACCACCGAAGACUGGCUAUGGUUCCAGCUUGCGAUGGUGGAUGAGGAUGAGUUUGGCGGGCUUCGGGGGCUGGCGGAGGUGCUGCUCAGCUAUGGAGAGCGCCAUUUCGAUGGAGUCCCUGGUCAGAAGGGCUCGAAGAGAGGCGUCUGGGCAGGAGUGUUGCUCAUGUGCGGCCAGUUCGAACGGGCAGUUGCCGCGUUGUGGGAUCACCCCGAGACGGAAGUCGAGGCGGUCCACCUUGCCAUCGCACUGGCGUACCACGGUCUUCUGCGCGUACCCUCGAGAGCCGAGACUUCGGACGUCACGCCUCUGACGCUUUCUCCCGUAUCGUCACCUGCACUCAGCCUGUCGACCCUCAUCUGGCGAUAUGUUCGCCAGUUCGUGAAGAUGGAUGCGCGUGAGGCAUUGCAGUACGUGUACUGUGUAUGCCUCAGCUCCGACCAGCCAGGCGGCGUCGGCAAAGAGCAAGUUGAGAACGCUUGGGAACUCGUCCGCCGCAUCAUUGUGCUCGCCAACACCGGUGCAGCAUGGGAGGAGCUAGUCGGUGGCUUCAGGCCAGAUGGCACGCGUUUCCCCGGCGCAAUCGAGCAAAGCGCUCCGCUCCUCAAGCUUGAGGACUCGCGGGAGUACAACGAGCACAUCCUCAUUCGCGCCGCCAAGUCAUCCGAGGAGGCAGACCGGAUCCCCGAAGCUAUCAAGCUCUACAACCUCGCGGGCGACUACGCGACCGUCAUCGGCGUGCUUGCGCACGCCCUCGGCAACACGAUCGCCCAGCCGAGCAUAGACGAGAAGGCACGCGCGAUCGAGCGGACCGCGGCGGAUAUCUUGAGGCACUACGAGCGGACGAACAGGGCUGUGGGCAAGGAGCGCGAUGCCGUCGUUAGGCUGCUCAGAGUGAGGGAGGCGAUGGACGCGAAGGAUGCGGGGAGGGUGGAGACAGCGCUCGAGCUUAUGGAGUCGACGGACCUCAUACCCAUGGAUGCGGACGUCGCGAAGAUCACGAAGCGUGCAGAGGAGUUCCGCGAGCUGCCGGACGCGCUGCAGCGCAACCUUCAAACCUUCCUUACGCUCACGAUGGACAUCCUCGCGGCAGUCCACCAAAAGGUCAAGAACUCGUCGCUGCCCGACGUCCUUCGCCAAUCGACUCUGGCUUCGCUGCGCAAAAAAUCGAGGUCUCUCAUCAUCUUCGCCGGAAACCUCAAGUACAGGAUGUCGCCGGACGUCUAUUCGUAUCUCGCACGGUUGGACGUGGAGAUUGCUUUGUAAUAGCCGCUACUCUCAUGUAUUGUAUCACGACAUUCAUGCCUUCGAGAGAAGGGUUUCG